AUGGACCCAAAACACCCCACCACCACAAUCCCAGAACCUGAAAGUGAUACCCCACCUCGUUCCCAAUCAAUCAAGAAACUAUUAUCCUUCCAAAACGGAAAACCACACCACCAUCCUCCGCCGCCGUCUACGGUGGUUGCAUAUAAAGAAUGUCUCAAGAACCAUGCCGCCAGCAUAGGCGGCCACGCCUUAGACGGCUGCGGUGAGUUCAUGUCUUCUCCGACUUGCACCCCAACAGACCCUAAAUCUCUUAAAUGCGCAGCCUGUGGCUGCCACCGGAACUUCCACCGCCGGGAACCCACCAACGACUUCCCUGCCACCGUCACCAGAAACCACUUCAUCGAUUUCAACCGCCCCUACCAAACCUCAACCUCCACCUCCACCUCCCCGACUCCACCUUCGCCACCUCCUCAACCAACAAACUACGCUUUCGGAGGGCACCUCCUUCUGUCACUCAGCACGGCAGCGGAUCAAACCCACACGACGGCGACGCCGAUGGCAAUCAAGACUAGCGGGAGGAAGCGGUUCCGGACGAAAUUCAGUCUGGAUCAGAAAGAAAAGAUGACGAUUUUUGCAGAAAGAUUAGGGUGGAAGAUGCAGAGAUGUGACGAUAAGUUGAUUGCAGAUUUUUGCAAUGAGAUUGGAAUCAGAAGAGGGAUUUUCAAAGUUUGGAUGCACAACAACAAAAACAAUUUCGGGAAGAGAGAAAAAGGCAUCACCACCACCGCCACCACCGCCGAUGCUGCCGCCGUGGUACGUAGUAAUGACAGUACUCAUCACGACAACGGAAGUGACGAUGUUCAUCUUCAAGCUUCUACUAACGGGUCGUCUUCUUCAUCUUGA